AUGGACAGCCCGCGACUCGUCACCGGAUCUCCGCCUAUCGCGAUUGCCGCGCUUGUUCUGCUGACAGCAUUGCUGCUCGCAGUGCCGCGAUCGGCGGCGGACGGCGCGGAGAACUCGGACGUGCUGGAGCUCACGCCGGCGAACUUCUACGAUCACGUGGGAGGCGACUCGGUCACAUUCGUGAAGUUCUACGCUCCCUGGCGCGUCCCGCCCGUGAUAAUGCGUGCUGUAUCUCAUGAUGACGUUAUCCCCGGUCUCGUUUCUGUUAGCGGAUCGCUGCGAAUUCUUAGCAGGUGCGGGCACUGCCAGCGCCUGGCGCCGGAUUGGGAGAAGGUGGCGACGGCAUUCAAAGACUCCGACGCCAUCCGCAUCGCCAAGGUGGACUGCCAGGCGCACGCGGAGCUGUGCACCAAUCACGAGGUCCGCGGAUACCCCACGCUCAAGUGGUUCCCCGCUGCUGGCCAGGGGGGAGCGGAAGACUAUGGAGGGGACAGGAAGGCCAAUGUUUUCGUGGAUUUUAUCAACAGUCGACUCGGCACCAAGGGCAGGGUGGAGACGGAGCAGGAGUCGCGGGUGAUGGAGCUGACCACGUGGGCGUUCCCCUCGGUCAUGCUGGACGACACCAAGCACCUCUUCACCUACUACUAUGAUGCUGCGUGUAAGCCUUGCAAGGAGAUGACCAAGACCGUGGAGAAGCUAGCAAACAUCUUCAAGGGCGAGCAGAGCAUUGUGUUCGCCAAGGUGGAUGCCGACAACAAUGGCAUGCUCGCGCACAGGUUCAAGAUCACAGAGUAUCCGUUUUUCAAGUUCUUCACCAAGACAAACAAGUAUGGCGAGGACCUCAAGGGCGACCCGCUGCCCACGCUCACGGAUCUCGUGCACUUCGUCAACCAGUGGACCGGCACCACACAGUCCGCCUCUGGGGUGCCUCUGGAUAAGGUGGGCCGCAUUGCUGAGCUGGACGCGAUGGCGGGAAGCUUCGUGGAAGCGCCGGAGGCGGAGAAGCAGGGGUUGAUGGAGCGGGCGAUGGGAGUGGUGGUGGCGCCCGAGCUGGAGGAGCACGGGGUGUUCUAUCAGAAGGUGAUGAAGAAUAUUGUGGAGCAGGGCGAGGAGUAUGUGAGCAAGGAGCAUGCCCGCCUCUCCAAGCUGCUCGCAGGGUCCCUCAAGCCUGACAAGGUGGAGAAGCUUUCGGCUCGCCGGAACAUUCUGGAAGCUUUCAGCAAGCCGUGA